AUGGCUCGUUUACCAACUGAUGUUGAAACUGAAAUUGAUCGAUUUUGUAAUAAUAUAAAACAAAAUACUUAUACACGUUCAGUUGAUAUAGCUUUAGCUACAAUAUAUAUUUUAAAAAAACUUAUUGGAGAAUCAAAAUGGUCAAAUGCAAGUGAACUUAUUACUCUUAUACGUUCUCAAGCUCAUCGACUUAAUCAAGGACAACCGGUGGAUAGUAUUACAUUUAAUAUUACAAGACGUAUUCUUAAAUUAAUUCGUGAAGUAUCAGUUCGAAUAAUUCAUGGUAAAAAUGAAGGUAGUGAUAUAUCAUUAACACUUCAAGCUGUUCUUAAUGAUCGUACAGCAACAUCAACUAUAAAUGAUGAUGAUCAUACAGAAGAAAAUCUUCAACCUAAAAAACAACAAACUCAAAAUAGUAUAACAGAAACAAAUCCAAUAAAUAAUAUUGAAGGUGGUGUAUCUGUACUACGACUUAAACCUGAAUUAAUGGAUGAUUUAAAUUGGUAUUCAUCAGAAAUUGAAUUAAGUGUUAAAAAUCUUUCACAACAAGCUUUAGCACAUAUACAUGCUAAUGAACUUAUAUUAACAUUAGGUUAUUCAUAUACAGUUGAACAAUUUUUUAAAUAUGCAGCUAGUAAAAAACGUCAAUUUCAUGUAUUUAUUUUGGAACAUGCACCUUUUUUUACUGGACAUAAAAUGGCAAUAAAUUUAUCACAAUUAAAUAUACCUGUUACUGUUGUUACAGAUUCAGCUGUAUUUGCUAUUAUGGCACGUGUAAAUAAAAUUGUUAUUGGUACACGUAGUCUACUUGCUAAUGGAGGUUUAACAGCUAAAUCUGGUACAUAUAAUUUAGCAUUAGCUGCUAAACAUUAUAAUGUACCAUUACUUGUUUGUGCACCAACAUAUAAAUUUUCUCCAACAUAUCUUCCAUCAUUUGAUCCAGUUAUGUGUAAUAGUUUUCCAUCACCAGAAAAUAUUCUUUCAUAUGAAUCAAUAUUUCAAUCAUCAUUAGAUAUUGUUGUACCUAUGCAUGAUUAUGUUCCACCAGAAUUAGUUACAUUAAUUAUUGGUAGUGGUAUGGGUAAUGCACCAUCAUAUGUUUAUCGUAUUGUUAGUGAAUUAUAUAGUGCAGAAGAUAAUGAUCUUGAACGUUUACAAAAAGAAUCAUUGAAAUAA